UUGACACCUUUCCUCCGGUGCUACUGUAUGCAGCAACAGCAACAUGAAAGGACGUCUCCACCUCUGCAGGAGAUACAGCUGUUUCUGCAAAGCUGCUGGUUUCAGUCGGGGCGGACAAAUGUAUGAGCUCAGGAGGGUUCUCACAGACUCGGCGGCGCCAGGUCUUCACACACUCACAGGAUAUGUAAAGACUUCAAUAACGAGCCAUUAAGCCCUAAUCAUCGGGAUCGAUCAGGCGUUAACAAGGGCCUCUACAUAUGCAAAUUGAAAGCGAGGGCUGGUGCCCUAUAAAAGCUGACCCUGGCCAGGGGCAGCCACCACAUUCUCCCUUUGACAUUAGGUGGAUUUACAGGUCACCGAACAGCACUGCAAACAUGGUGAAAUACUUUUCUGUGGACUGGCUGGCCCAGAGCCAUCAGCACAUCGCGCAAACUGUGGAAACUGCGCCGACCUGCAGACCCCACAUUCCCUGCAUGGUGCAGCCGCGGCCGCCGACUUUUGGCAAGGGUUACCUGCAGCCAAAACCCAAAUCAUCAAAGACCGUUGAACACAUGGAGCCAGUGGAGAGCAGCAGGCAGGACACCAGCCUUUGCUCACCUUUUCAUCCAACAAGUUGCGCCUCACCAAUUUCAGAGAUCAGCGGGUAUUCCUCAGGCUACGAGAGCGAAGCGGCUUCCUCUGAUUGUGUCUCUGUGGAUGAGGGGAGCGACACGGAGAAAGACGGACCGCAGCGCCGGGUGCGCACCAAGUUUACCCCGGAGCAGAUCAGCAAGCUGGAAAAGAUCUUCAACAAGCACAAAUACCUGGAUGCUGGAGAGAGAGUGAAAACAGCACAGAAGAUGAACCUCACAGAAACUCAGGUGAGGACCUGGUUCCAGAACAGGAGGAUGAAGCUGAAACGGGACGUGCAGGAUUACCUCGCGCCCCAAAUCCCGCAGGUGAUGUUCCAGCGUCUGCCCCCGGUUCAGUAUCAUAGCGUGGCCGGACAACGAUCCCACUUCCCCGCGACCGGCCCGGCCUUUUACCCGCUGGUCCUCCAGCAGCAGAUGCGCCCUUCUCAUCACAUGAUCCACAGCCCACAUUUCUACUGAAGAGCUGUCCACUAAAGACUAUUUCCCACUGAAACACUUAGAAUCUAAACAAGUGCAACCCAGAGUU